AUGUCACACAAGCACACGCGAGCGCACGGGCUUGGCAGCUCUUCACAAGCCUCUCACCAUCGCCACCAAGACGAGCAAAAAGGUUGCUUCGAGUCUCAAUUGAUGCACAGCCGUGAUGGGCACGUCAAGAGAGACGCCACGCACCUACUACUUGACGACAUCAUCCUGCCCCGAAGCACGAAGCGACGAAAGCUCCCCGACUGUCCUGGUUCAGUCCGACCCUCAAGGCAUCAAAAGCAACACAGACUGACGAGGACAGAAUUGGGACACUGCACAUGCAUAUUCAGGCCUCAGCCUCACCGGAACGUCACAACAGGUAGUCACAAGCAUGCUGUCGCGCCACACCAUCCUGCCCGUCCGCACAUUUCGCAUUCUGCGGGAAGCAGCAGGCCAUCACAUAAGCACAGCAAAGGCAGUACAAAGAACAACGGCAGCAAUGGCCAUCGCAAUGGCGGUCAUGUAUCCAACUCCAGCAUCGCCAGACCAAGCGCGACGGCCUCGAGUGGGUCAGCAUCCGGACAGAGUCACCCGGAUCGCUCUGGCUCACAGUCCGGAUCAAACAGUCCGGCGACAGGCUCGGCCGGCUCAUCGGCAGGAAGAGAUGGCUCAGCUAUGACGAGCGAGUCUGGCUCAGCAAGCAACGGAAAUUCCAGCGGAUCCGCCGAUGCGAGCUCUAGCGCGACCACUGCAGACGCAGGUGGCGAUAGCUCCGGCCGCAAUUCUGGCGCCGGCACCGGCACUGGCGGUAGUGGCAAUGUCAACGGCUCUGGUGGCCAAAGUUCGGACUCUGGUGGUAGCAGUGCGAGCAUGGCUGCGAGCGAGCUUUCGAGUAGCACCAACCCUUCGAACGUCGGAGCGGCGCCCGGUGCCGCAAGCACUGGCGCAUCUGGCUCAGGCAAUGCGGGCAACGCUUCCGCACAGGCUUCUGCCACAGCGAAUGCAAGCGGUGCGACUGGCAAUACGAGCACUUCAACGGUGACAAACUCUGCAGCGGCCGCGAGUCAAAGCAUCGCCAGCGCCAUCAGCGUCGCUGCAACAGGCGCGUUCGCGUCAAACGCACCAGGCAGCACAAGCCGUCCGAGCAUCCUAGCUCCUGCCGACACUGGCGUGCAAGACCACACGCUUGUCAAAGCACUCGUGCCUGCUUUAGUGGGCUCGGCACUCGUCGUCGCGCUCGGCGUGCUAGCCUUUCUCCUGCUCGGCGCUCGGCGACGGAAGAAACAACAGCGUAUCUCAGAUGCCUCGUUCGGUGGGGCCACCGCUGCUCCUGCAGCACUCGGCGCAUAUGGCGCCAUGUCGCAGACGUCUGGAAGAGAGACAGCAACGGGCUAUCCUUUCUUCGCGCAGGAUCCAUUUUCGGAUCGCUCACCUGGCGAGGCAGACGGGAUGAGUGCGACGAGCUCGUUUCCGAUGAUAUCCACAAUGGGCAGUCACAGCCCUCCGAUGGAUAGCAUAGAAGACGAGAGCGUAGCCACCGGCCAGCCCACAAUGGAGCGCGCUGUUGACUUCUCAGGUGCAGACACAGCGGGGCCCGCUCGGCCUGCAGCAGGCGAUCAAGCUUGGUGGUAG